AAUGUUAAAAUGUUAAUAUAGUUUUAAACAUUUUUUAGAAACCAGUAGUGUAUUUUGAGAUUCAUUUGGGACAACUUCCAAAAUGUUUCCUAAUUUAACAACUGUGGCAUCAUACCUCCUGCUACCACUUCUUGGGUUGGAUUUUAAUAAAACUAUAACAUACUACGAAACGACCAUUGCUCAGUCUGUUAUAAAAUCCACGACAUACAAAUUAGAUGAAGACGCAUCAAAGUAUAAACCGAAGAACGAUCAAAUUGAGGAUUUUGGUACGUUUGAUUUUAUUGUAAUUGGUUGCGGUACCGCUGGUUCAGUAAUUGCCAGUAGACUUUCUGAAAUAAAGGAAGCUAAAGUGCUGGCCCUGGAAGCUGGAAUAUUUGGUAGUAUUGUAACUGAAAUACCGGGACUGUUUAACAUAGCAGCCAGUUCAGAUUACAACUGGGGUUACAAAAUGGAAUCCCAAACAUAUGGUUGUAAAGGUUACAUUAAUCAAGUUUGUCCGAUUAUUAAAGGCAGAGGUGUAGGAGGAACGUCUUUAUUAAAUGGCCAAAUAUACUCCAGAUCUUUUCCUGACGAUUUUGAUCGUAUUGCCAAUCUGACUAGUGAUGAUUGGAAAUAUGAAAACGUAUUGAAAUACUUUAAAAAAUCAGAGAAUAUGACUCAAACGAAUGAGAAAACAAAAAUUAAUUGGCCGUAUCAUGGUAAAGGUGGUCCUUUAAACGUGCAAAAUCCUUCCUUUGUCAGUAACAAAGUGGAAGCUUUCAUUCAAGCAAACAUUCAACUUGGUUACAAUUUAACAGAUUACAACAGCCCUUCAGGGUUGGGCGUUUCAUACAUGCAGAUAAUGAAUAAAUUUGGUAAACGUUCAGACACUGGGUCGUCUUUCGUUAUUCCAAAUUUGAACAGAGACAAUUUAGACGUGUCAACAGAGAGUUAUGUAACGAAAAUUGAAAUUAACUCCCAGACAAAGGUAGCUGAAAGUGUGUUGUUCACUAAGAACGGAAAAUUAUACAGGGCCACAGCUAGAAAAGAAAUAAUCCUUUCCGCUGGGGCGAUAGCUUCGCCACAAAUUCUUAUGCUCUCAGGGGUGGGAAGAAGCGAGGAAUUGUCCAAAUUUAAUAUUCCUGUUGUAAGUGAAUUGGCCACUGGUGAAAACUUGCGGGAUCAUUUACUUUUGCCAAUGUUUGUGAGUUAUUUUGAUCUUGAACCGAUUGUAAGUUUAAAAACAGCCGUACGGGAAUAUUUACAAGGUGCUGGAAUUUUAACUUCUUGUGGCCCCAUUGAUGGCAUUGCUUUUUAUGAUAGUACGGGACAAAAUGCGGAAUAUCCUGAUGUCGAAAUGUUUGUGCUUCCAAACAUUCUGUCAAUGUCUGCGAUUAUGGAUUUGCCAAGUAUUCUUAAAGUAUUCAAUUUCAAACCUACUACCCUGUUGGAAAUAGGAACGGUGUUAAAAAGUAAAUUUUUCAUGUUGUUGUCUAAUGUUCUUGAUACUAAGUCAGUUGGGAGCGUUACUUUAAGAAGUGACUCACCCUAUGAUUAUCCUAAGAUAGAUCCUAAUAUACUAUCAAACAAACAGGAUGUAGACAAAAUUAUACAGUUGGUAAAAAUUGGCAGGAGACUUUCAGAAACUCCAGCUUUCAAAAAAUAUAAAUACAAACUAUCACCACCAACAUUAGCAGCCUGCAUUGGUUACGAAUAUGGUUCGGAUGAUUAUUGGAGGUGCUCUGUAGAGCAAAUUAGCUUUCCCACCUAUCAUUCAGUGGGUACAUGUCAAAUGGGCAAAAGCUCCAAAUCCGGAGCAGUCGUAAGUCCCGAACUGAAAGUUUUUGGAGUGGAACAACUGAGAGUUGCGGAUGCUUCAGUGUUGCCAUUUCCUCCAAAAGGGCACAUCGAGCCUAAUGUUGUAGCUAUCGGUGAAAUAGUCUCCGAUAUGAUUAAGAAGACACACGGAUUACUUUGAAACAUGUCUGAAAAUAUACAAUACAAUAAAAAUAUUCUUACCUUAA